UGUACUUAAGUUUCACUUCCAGCAGCAAUAAAUUGGCUGCAAGUCCUGCCUUACCUGCUAGAAGAACUGAAGACAUGGCUCCAACAAUGUUUGACAAUGGUGCAAAGCCCGGGGACCUGAUCGAGAUCUUCCGUGGGGCAUAUGAGCACUGGGCUAUCUACAUCGGUGGAAAUGAAGUUGUUCAUUUGAUUCCUCCAAGUGAUGAUGAUUCAGGCCCUUUUGGUAGCCGGUUGAUGGUACUGGACAGCAAUAAAGCAUACGUGAGGCGUCAGAAGAUCUGGGAAGUGGUCGGCUCUGAUCGUUUCCACAUCAACAACCUCCUGGAUGAUGAGUACCAGCCUCGCGAGCGUCAUGUCAUCGUGAGGGAUGCCUGUAGGAGUGUUGGGCAGUUGCUGUCAUAUUCUGUUGCCACUUACAACUGUGAGCACUUUGUUACAGAGCUACGAUACGGCAAGCCAGAGUCUCGACAGGUUAAAACAGCAGCUGUGAUUGGAGGUGUAGCUGCAGGUAUAGGCAUUGUAGCUUUGGGUGCCGUUCUGUUCUCUUUGCUCAAAGAUGACGACAAAAGGAGACAUCAUAAGUGACAGCAAUGACACAGCAAGAUGAAAGGGAAGAUCUCGCUAUCGUUGUCCAUUUAUUUAGCAGUGAUUACAAUUUAAACUAUUACUAUAUAACUAUAACCCUAUUUAUACAAUUGAAAAAAGGUGUCUUUUAUUGAUGUAGUACUGUCAACACACUCAAAAGAAAUACA